AACUGUCAUAAUAACCUAACCUAUAACUUAACGUCAAAGUAAUUAAACAAAUAAAAAUGUGAAACCAAAACUUGAACGGAGAUACCAAGGCCAGUAUAGAGAAGAUUCAAAAUGUGUAUGAUAUUCAGUAAUAGCUCAUAAUUGAACCGUUUAUUGCGAUAAAUGAGUCAUCAACCUAUUUUUGUUUUCCCCUAAAAAAUGGUUGAACUUGAUUGUUUUAAGAUACCAAACGAUUGGGAAUAUAGGGGUGAAGGUAAUUGCCAUGUAGUGCUAGGGCUUCCUGCCUUGAAGAAAGUCCUUCGUAUACGAAAAAGAGAUAAGCCUAAGACUCUCCUUCAAUGGCUGAGUUAUAUCUUUGAAAGUUUUUUGUGGUGGUUGUUCAAUGUUGAAGUGGCUGCGGAAUAUAGAGAUUUGCUCUUCUAUUUGAACAUAAUGAGGCCUAUGUUGGGGUAUACUUACACUUCUGAUGCGAAACAAGUUAAAUUGUACCGGGAAGAAGUGAACCGAAUUGAAGAUCAAAUAUCAAAGCUACGACCAGAAUUCAGGAAGCAUAAAAAACUUCAUUUUGGAAGAGCUACAUUAUUCCAAGAUUUUACUAUGUUGCCUUUUGAGCAUUCAAUGUUCGAACUGACUGAGCAUACUUUUGCGAUUGAGAUUAAACCCAAAAAGGGUUGGACCCCAUUUAGUGAAAGAAGUUUUCCGGAAUGUAUAUUUUGUAUGAAUCAGUUCAUGAAACUGAAAGGAAAAAAGAUAACUAAAAGGAGUAAUUAUUGUCCAAGAGAUCUUUUCUCAGGAGAUGAAAUACGAAUGAUUAAAGCCAUAUUAGCCUUAGUGGAUAAUCCUCAGAAUAAUUUGUGUAUUUUUAAAGAUGGACAAAAAGUGUAUGAUGAGAAUAGUGCCAAAUGCGAGAUUACUCCAGUAUUGGAGGACCUGUUUCAGAAUUAUUCGGAGAAAAAAGAGGAGUUACUAAGUGAUUUUGCAUAUUUGCUAUUCCAAUGUCUCACCAAGCCUUUUGAGACUCAACCAGAUUGUAGUGCAAAGUUAUUCUGCAAAUGGGACAUGAUAAUACAGGGAGAUUCUUUAUCAAAAGGCUGUAUUUUAGAAAAAAUUUUAUCUGUGCAAAUGAUAGAUGUUGAAGGGACCUCUUAUUAUAACAAACUUUCGAAAGUUCAAAACUCUGAGUGGGGAUAUGUUGAAAAUAUAUUAAAAAGUUUAGAUCCCACUAAGUGUGUCAAAUGUUCUUUAUGUACUUUGUCAAACACUACAACAACAAUGAACGAGGAACUUGUCUUGUCCUUGUAUUUGAUUGCUGCCAUUGCAAAUGAUUGCUCACUUAUGGUUACUUUGAAGAAGAUCAGGACUGAUAAUAAUAGGAAGUGGUCUUCCAUAGAUAAAGUUGUACAUUCCAAAUUCGGUUCAUUUUUGGUGAAUGUUGGAGUGUUUGAUUUGUAUCCCAAACCAAUGUCAACCAUAAGAAAACAUGUCUUAAGAAACAGACAGUUGUUAGAAUUAUAUGAGAUCAUGAAGGAGUGAUAUGGUGUACUUAUAAAAUCGUAUUUUUAAUUGUUGAUUAUAUUUUCGAGGUUUACAAAGAUUAAUACAGUUAUAUAAACAUA